AUGGUACCCACUGACCCUUCAUACCCCAAUAUCUCAGCCUCCGACUCUCGACUAACACCACCCCAGAGCAAAGAUUCCUCAGCAACCCACCUACACAUGCACCAACCCCGACUAGCCGACCUCUUCGAAGAAUUCACAAAACCACACAUGUCCACCGCAGGCAUAUCAUCCGACUCCCAACACCUCUCUCAAACCGGAACCACCAACCAAUCCACAAACCCCACCUACGGCUCCUCCUCCCCCUCCAACAUCCCCUCCUUCCUGCCCAUCGAAGACAUCUACCUGCAACAGCAAUACCAGCCCCCAAACCCGGAAGACGAAGACGAUGUCGUCCCGCAUCAACAUGCCGUGUUUGGGAUUACCCGGGCUAUGGAGCGCAGACAUGAAGCUGUGUGGAGGGAUUUGGGUCUUGAGGCGCUGGUGAAUGGGCAGGGUCAUGGUGGUGGCGGCGCGGUGGCUGGGAAUGGUGCUGCUGGCGGCGCUGGUGCUGGGGGUGUUGGGUUGGGGCCUGGUGCGACGUUGCGUGGGAGUGGUGGUGGUCCGGCGUCUGCUGCGUCGGCGGCGGUUCGGGUGAGGACUGCGGGCAGGAAGAUGGGUGGGCGACGGGUCAUUACUUUGCGUUGA